UCCUUUGAUCGUCUCCUUUUUCCUUCCAUAGAAACGCAGACAAAUAUCGCAUAAAAGGAGAAACUUCAAGUCCGGGACUUGCUCUUUUUAGAAUCGCCUCAUCUUUACUGAUUUUAACAUCUUCUUGUUUCUUAUUGUUGGAUAAAUCACGAUCUUCAGGCUCUUCUUCCUUACCCUUUUCUGUUUUCCUUAAUAAAGAAAGGGAAAUUUCAACAUGUCCUACAGAGGUAAAUAUACCGAUGGGGCUGAUGGGCGUGAGAUGGGUGCAAAACGUCAGCGGAUCAUCGAUCAAGGCCCUUCAUUCUAUGGUAAUUCGCCAGGUUCUAGCUUUAUGUACACUGCCCCCCCUCCUCCUUACUCGUAUGUUAGCCAACCUCCACCGUUCCCUGUUGUUCGACUUCGUGGUCUUCCCUUUGAUUGCACAGAGGCUGAUAUGAUUGAGUUCUUCCAUGGUCUGGACAUAGUUGAUGUCCUGUUUGUCCAUAGAAACGGCAAUUUCACUGGCGAGGCUUUUUGCGUUUUUGGUUACCCUCUUCAGGUUGAUUUUGCACUUCAGAAGAAUAGGCAGAACAUGGGCAGGAGAUAUGUAGAGGUUUUCAGAAGCAAGAGACAGGAAUAUUAUAAGGCAAUAGCUAAUGAAGUGGCUGAUGCUCGAGGCGGUUCACCUCGCAGAAGUGCCCCGAGGGCCAAAUCUAGUGAUGAAGCAAAGGAACCUGCUGAACAUACAGGGAUAUUGAGAUUGAGGGGAUUGCCGUUUUCUGCUGGAAAAGAUGAUAUAAUAGAGUUCUUUAAAGAUUUCGAGUUAUCCGAGGAUGCAAUUCAUAUAGUGUUGAAUUCAAAGGGGAGGUCAAGUGGGGAAGCAUUCGUGGAGUUUGCGGAUGCAGAAGAUUCUAAAGCCGCAAUGGCUAAGGAUAGGAUGACACUCGGGAGCCGUUAUAUCGAGUUGUUCCCGUCGUUUCCUGAAGAGAUGGACGAUGCAAUUUCAAGAGGACGGUGAUUUUUCUGACAAUGCUCUUAUUUGCUAU